AUGACUCUUUCAUCAUUAGCACAACAAAUCCAUGAAAUGUAUUCAAAACUAUCGGCACAAUCGCUACGAGAUUAUAAUGCCUAUUUAAUGAGUGACGAUGGUAAUAUAGAGAAAAAUCAACCAGAUGCAGAUAUAAUUAAUCAGGAUUUUUACUGUGGAUCGUGGCGAAAAGGAAAUUUGUUAGAUGUUAAAUUUGGUAAUAGUGGAUUUCCUGUUUAUAGUGGACCAACAAAACAACUCUAUCCACGAUAUUUUCCAAUGAUGGAUACACAUAGGAGAGAUGGAUCGAUUAAUAUUUUAUUAGGAUUAAGAGAACAAGAUUAUGAACGAAUGAUACAACAAAAUAUUCUUAAAAGUGUUUUCUACUACAUAAUUGAUUAA